AUGGGUGCGAUGAUCACACUUACAAUUGUUUUUAUUAUGGAAUUUAUAGUUGGAAGCUUGGGGAAUGGGUUCAUAGCUGUAGUGAACAUUGUGGACUGGGUCAAGAGAAGAAACAUCUCUUCAGUGGAUCAGAUCCUCACUGCCUUGGCUGUCUCCAGAAUCUCUGUGCUCUGGGUAGUAUUUGUAGACUUGCUUUUUGCAGCUUACCCAGCUUCUUUGAUUACAGGAUGUACUGUAAGAAUUAUUUACAUUAGCUGGACGGUGACCGAUCAUUUCAGCAUCUGGCUUGCCACCAGCCUCAGCAUCUUUCAUUUUCUUAAGAUAGCUGUUUUCUCAAACUCCAUGUUCCUCUACCUAAAGUGGAGAUUUAAAAAGGUGGUGUCAGUAGCAAUGCUACUGUCUCUGUUCCUCUUGUUUUUAAAUAUCUUAGUGAUAAACACCUACAUCGAUACCAUGAUUAAUGAGUCUAGAAGAAAUGCAUCUUACACUUUCAUUGAAAGAACAUAUCCACAGUUCUUUAGGUUUCUUUUAUUCCCAAGCUUUAUAUUCACAUUCAUACCCUUCAUUGUGUCCCUGACGGGUUUCCUCCUGCUCAUCUUCUCCCUGUGGAGACAUCUGAAGAACAUGCAGCACAACACCAAAGGAUGCAGAGACAUCAGCACCACAGCUCACAUAAAGGCCCUGCUAAUGGCGGUAGUCUUUCUCAUGCUUUACAUCUGCUUCUUUCUGUCUAUAGUUGCAGUAGUUUGGGCAUCUGAAUUGGAGAAUAUUCAAAUCACCUUGUUUGCAAAGGCUACCCUAGCAACUUUUCCUGCUGUUCACUCAUGUGUACAGAUUCUGGGACAUAGUAAACUGAGACAGACUUUGUGUUCUGUGCUACAGUGGGUGAGGUUCAGGUCAGACAAGAGACCUUUGUAUCCUUAG